GUGUCCUAAAAUUAUAAUAACAAAAACUUUUAGGUGUCGAAAUGCAAUAUUUAAAAAUCGCUCCUUUUUUGUGUGCGAGCUCUUUAUCUGAGUUCACAAGUGACGAAAGGUGAAUGUUGUGAAUUGAGGAAGCUCGAAUUGUUUGUUCACACCGGAUGUGGUGUUCCGAUUGGGGAGACGGACAUGGCUCAUUUCUCGAUUUCGAUUUCGAAUUCGACAACUACAAGGAUCACUAUAAAGUCCUUGAAUUGAACUGCGACGCCUCCGAUGAUGAAAUUCGUUCCAACUUUAUCCGCCUUGCUCUGAAGUGGCAUCCGGAUAAACUUAAAGAAGGGGAUUCUGCUACGUCUAGGUUUCAAGAAAUCAACGAGGCUUAUCAAGUAUUGAGCGACCCAUUUACAAGGCAGGAGUACGACAAGAAAAGGAUGCGUCGUAUCUAUGAGCACAACAUGGAACUGUUCGACCGGUACAAGGAGCUCAUUUUUACUUGCAAUGGACUUGGGAUGAAGAAUUUUCUUUGGUAGAUGCAAAAAAUUAAGGUUAGGUGUUAUAUGUAUAGUUUGUAACUUUGUAUGAUGAAGUUAGGGACAUCAGCAGUUUUUUAGCAGGGUUUGAGUAUUUGAUUAUAUGCAGAGAAGCAAGACAGAAUCAAAAUUACCAUUAAUUCAGGUUUUAGUUUCA